AUGAAUGUAGAACAUGAAGUGAACUUAUUGGUCCAGGAAAUCAAGCGCCUAGGUGCACCCAAUGCUGAUGGACAGGUGUCAGUCAAGUUUGGAGUGCUGUUUAAUGACGAUCGUUGUGCAAACAUAUUUGAAGGUAUAAAUUCUCUUACUGAUGGUCAAGUUGCUUAUUACUGGUGAGCCCAGUCCUCCUAAUGACCAAACAUAAAAACUAAUUGCAAUAUUAUCAUUAACAUAAGAAUUUCAAAACAUCAUGUUCUUAUGGUGCUUAUGCUUACAUCAAGAUUAUUUCCAUUGAGGAGUAGUCUCCAGUCAGGUUCAUGCCAGGCUCCCCACUCCCCACCUUGUGGGGAUGAGGAGCAUUGCAUGGGCAGCUACGAAGGAAACUAAGCAAGGACAAGUUCAACAAAAUGCAUAAGCUCAAGCUUAGUAGCAACACUCUGUAUGCUUUUGCACCUUAGGUUUAUCACAAGAGUUGGUAUCCCUGUGCUGAUGACCAGUUCGAACACUUUCCAAAUUUUAAGGACUCUCAAGAGUCUGUCUUCUCGUGUCAUUUCUCUCAUGUUCGUAAACCUGCACAACUUUCAGCAACUGAAAAAUGUCCACACUUAAUUUUCAUUCCCAUAUAAAUCACCAAAUGGGUUUUGUUUUUAUUGCAGCCCUUGUGGGAACCCUCAAAGCGGCUAAGAGAAAGAAGAUAGUGAACUACAGUGGUGAAUUACUUCUUCAAGGUGUACAUGACAAUGUGGACAUUGUGCUGUUAAAAGAUGAAUGA